UGUUAUGUGGGAACCGAUGGGAGACGGUAAAAAGGUUAUUUCACUGGCUGAUAAUAACAUAUUAUUGUGGGACUUGCAAGAAAGUUCAGCCAAAGCUGUGCUGUCUAGUUCUGCAGCCUUGGAAGGGAAAGGACAGUUAAAAUUUACUUCUGGAAGAUGGAGUCCACACCACAAUUGUACACAGAUUGCAACAGCCAAUGAUACCACUGUUCGAGGAUGGGAUACACGAAGCAUGAGACAGAUAUAUUGCAUAGAAAAUGCACAUGGACAGCUGGUACGAGACCUAGACUUUAAUCCCAAUAAACAGUACUACCUGGCUAGCUGUGGAGAUGACUGCAAGGUGAAAUUCUGGGACACAAGAAAUGUCACUGAACCAGUGAAGACACUAGAGGAGCAUUCCCACUGGGUUUGGAAUGUCAGAUAUAAUCAUUCUCAUGAUCAGCUGAUCCUUACCGGAAGCAGUGAUAGCAGAGUAAUCCUAUCUAAUAUGGUAUCAAUUUCUUCUGAACCAUUUGGGCAUAUGGUAGACGAUGAUGAACUAAGUGACCAGGAGGACCAGCAUCCAGAAGACAAGAUUAAAGAACCCCUUCAGGACAGUGUAAUAGCAACCUAUGAAGAACAUGAAGAUAGCGUGUAUGCAGUUGAAUGGUCCUCAGCAGACCCGUGGCUAUUUGCCUCUUUAAGUUAUGAUGGGAGACUUGUAAUUAACAGGGUUCCCAGAGCUCUUAAAUACCACAUAUUGUUGUAAUUUGCUUAGAUUAUGAUGAAGUUAUCUUGAUGUACAAAAUUGAUAAGUGUUUAGGGUUUUUUUUCAGGAUCCAUUUUUAUUGAGUAUAAAUGUUAAAAUUUUAUUAAGAAUGUAUUCACUAAUAUAGACACUUAAUUUGUCUUUUGUAUUUGCCUU